GUCGUGCGCUGCACAUGAUCAGCCAUGCUUGCUAAGUCUGUCUGUUGGCUGUUGCUAUGGCUACGGAAAGCCAAUGGAACCCAAUGAGCUGUCGCCGCAGCGCUGAGAGGACCAGCCAUUUUACUUAUGGAAAGCACUGUGUGGCAACGAGAGCUUCGCGGUGGAAGAAGCAUUUAUUUCUUUUAAUCUUUUGAGAGAAGAGAGCCACAAUGGGCAUGCUAGUGCACAAUCAUUGCAGCCACGUGUGCCUGCGAGCUGCCCCUGCGACAAGCUGUUGUUGACUGCUGUUGCAAUUAGCUGAUUGGAGCGCGGGGAAUGCAGGGUGAUAAUGCUGCGUAUCCGCUCGCGGGCAGCAGGAAAGGGUUUUGUCUCGGGAAGGCAAGCCUUCCCCCCCGCCCGCACAGUUAUCUCAGCAGCUCCCCAGCUGAGAGAACUGGGGCUCUGAAAAGAGGGUGUCGCCCUCUGCUAGCACGGAUCCUGAGCCAGGCUGCUGCUGCUUAGGAGCCGCGGGUCUGGGAAAGCAGGUGUGUGUGUGCUCGGAUGGGCACUGGGCUGGAACGCAGGCGGACGCUCUUGAGUCCACCUGCUUCCUGUGAACAGACUGUUAGCUCAGAGCAUCUGCUCCAGCACGCUGACGCUGAGAAAGGGGCUCCGGGCAUCCCACUUGACUGACGGAGACGCUUGGAUUGGACUUAAUCUUAAACCUCUGGAGGUCAAGACCUUUUAAAAAGGGCUACAUAAACAAUCUCUACACGGAAAAGGCCCCUGACUUGUGCUUCCUCUGUUGGAGCAACUGUGAAGUUCAGCCUCUUCAAGAGCCAGAAUAGGACAGACUCAUAUACCAUUCUGAUCUGGGUGCAUUUCUUCAGAAGGAAAACUGAAGACUUUAAUAACAAACCUUUCAAGGUGAAAAUGAAUACAGAUAGCGGUGGGUGUGCUCGCAAACGUGCUGCCAUGUCUGUUACAUUAACAUCUGUGAAGAGAGUUCAAAGUUCUCCAAACCUAUUGGCUGCAGGGCGUGAUUCUCAGUCUCCAGACUCAGCGUGGAGCUCUUACAAUGAUCGAAAUCCAGAGACACUGAAUGGAGAUGCCACAUAUUCCUCUCUUGCAGCAAAAGGUUUUAGAAGCGUCCGACCAAACCUGCAAGACAAAAAAUCACCAACCCAGAGCCAGAUAACCAUCAAUGGCAACUCUGGUGGCGCUGUGAGUCCAGUGAGUUACUACCAAAGGCCAUUUUCCCCUUCCGCAUACUCCCUUCCAGCCUCACUCAACUCCAGCAUUAUCAUGCAGCAUGGCAGAUCGCUUGAUUCUGCAGAGGCAUAUUCCCAGCAUGCCCAGUCUCUGGAUGGCACCAUGGGAGGCUCCAUCCCACUCUACAGAUCCUCAGAGGAAGAGAAGAGGGUAACAGUGAUCAAAGCCCCGCAUUACCCGGGGAUCGGCCCUGUGGACGAGUCCGGCAUCCCCACAGCCAUUAGGACGACAGUGGACCGGCCGAAGGACUGGUACAAGACAAUGUUCAAACAAAUUCACAUGGUACACAAGCCGGAUGAGGACUCAGACAUGUAUAAUACUCCUUAUACAUACAAUGCAGGUCUGUACAACUCACCCUACAAUGCUCAGUCUCACCCUGCUGCGAAGACCCAGACCUACAGACCUCUUUCCAAAAGCCACUCAGACAAUGGCACGGAUGCUUUUAAGGAGGCGCCCUCCCCAGUGGCUCCCCCACAUGUUCCACCACGACCAAGAGAUCAGUCUUCAACAGAAAAGCAUGACUGGGACCCUCCAGACAGAAAGGUGGACACCAGAAAAUUCCGAUCGGAACCAAGGAGUAUUUUUGAAUAUGAGCCUGGGAAGUCGUCCAUUCUGCAGCAUGAAAGACCCCCCCCUCUCCCAACAACUCCGACACCUGUUCCCCGGGAACCCAGCCGGAAACCUCUCUCGGUGUCGCCCUCAACAGAUGGCCUGCGUAGCCCUUCCCCUCCGCCCCGGAGCUGUGUCCCCGCACCCCGUCAGAGUCCGAGCGCCCCAGCUCUCUCUCCCACCCGGACUGGUCGCAUAAAUCCAGAUGACAUAGAUUUAGAAAAUGAGCCCUGGUAUAAAUUCUUUUCAGAGCUGGAGUUUGGACGUCCGCCUCCUAAAAAGGCUCUGGAUUAUGUUCAAGAUCAUUCUUCCGGUGUUUCCAAUGAGGCCUCCAUCUACCAACCCUCCAUUGACAGAAGCCUGGAAAGACCCAGUAGCUCUGCAAGUAUGGCUGGUGACUUCAGGAAACGGAGGAAGAGCGAGCCUGCAGUGGGCCCACCCAGAGGCUUGGGGGAUCAGAGUGUGAGCAGGGUCAGCCCUGGCCGGGCAGACCUCCCAGGAUCGAACUCCACAUUUACGAAGUCUUUCAUUAGUUCCUCUCCUUCCUCUCCCUCAAGAGCCCAAGGUGGGGAUGAUGGCAAAAUGUGCCCAUCCCUUUGCGGUUACUCGGGGCUCAAUGGCGCCACCUCUAGUGAGUUAGAGUACUGUAGCGCUUAUAGACAGCACUUGGAUGUCCCCCGGGACUCUCAAAGGGCCAUCGCCUUCAAGAACGGCUGGCAGAUGGCCCGGCAAAAUGCAGAGAUCUGGAGCAGCACUGAAGAGACCGUGUCCCCAAAAAUCAAGUCGCGGAGCUGUGAUGAUCUCCUGAAUGACGACUGCGACAGCUUCCCAGAUCCUAAAGCCAAGUCAGAAAGCAUGGGUUCUCUGUUAUGUGAAGACGACUCCAAAGAGAGCUGCUCCAUGGCAUGGACUUCCCCCUACAUCCAGGACGUGUGCGGUAACAGCAAAUCUAGAAUCAAACACAGGUCAGCCCAUAAUGCCCCGGGCUUCCUCAAAAUGUACAAGAAGAUGCACCGCAUCAACCGCAAGGAUUUGAUGAACUCGGAGGUAAUUUGCUCCGUGAAGUCCAGGAUCCUGCAGUAUGAGAAGGAACAGCAGCACCGGGGUCUGCUCCAUGGAUGGAGCCAGUCUUCCACUGAGGAGGUGCCCCGGGACAUGGUACCCACGCGCAUUUCGGAAUUUGAAAAGCUGAUACAGAAGUCCAAGUCCAUGCCCAAUCUAGGGGAUGAGAUGCUAUCUCCUGUCACUCUAGAACCCCAACAAAACGGUCUGUGUCCCAAGAGGCGAUUUUCUAUUGAGUCUCUGCUGGAGGAAGAAACUCAGGGUAGACAGCCUUCUCAGGGUCAGCGGAACUGCAAGUCUAAAACCCUGGUGCCCAUCCACAUUGAAGUCACCAGUGAUGAGCAGCCCAGAACACAUAUGGAGUUUUCCGACAGUGACCAAGAUGGCGUCGUGUCUGACCACAGCGACUACGUUCAUGUAGAAGGGUCAUCCUUUUGCAGUGAAAGUGACUUUGACCAUUUUUCAUUCACAUCCUCUGAAAGUUUCUAUGGAUCCAGUCAUCACCACCACCACCAUCACCACCACCAUCACCGACACCUCAUCAGUUCUUGCAAAGGCCGAUGCCCAGCCUCUUACACUCGAUUUACCACAAUGUUAAAACAUGAAAGAGCUAAACAUGAAAAUAUUGACCAUCCCAGAAGGCAAGAAAUGGACCCCAGCCUAUCUAAACUUGCAUUUCUAGUCAGCCCGGUGCCUUUCCGACGGAAAAAGAAUUUGACUCCCAGAAAACAGACUGAACAGGCAAAAUGCAAAGCCUCUGUAGUUGAGGCUCUGGACACUGCCCUUAAAGACAUCUGUGACCAAAUAAAAGCUGAGAAAAGGAGAGGGAGCCUGCCAGACAACAGUAUAUUGCAUAGGCUUAUCAGUGAACUGUUGCCAGAGAUUCCGGAAAGGAAUUCAUCCCUUAAUGCUCUGAAAAGGAGCCCCAUGCACCAGCCUUUCCACACACUGCCUACAGAUGGUGCUAUUCAUUGUCCAUUGUACCAAAACGAUUGUGGGAGGGUGCCUCACAGUGCCUCUUUCCCAGACGUGGACACAGCCAACAACAGCUACCACGCACAGGACUACGGUAGUACCCUGAGUCUCCAAGACCAUGAGUCCCCUAGAAGUUACUCGUCUACUGUGACUGACUUGGGAAGAAGUCUAUCACGGGAACGAAGAGGAAGUCCAGAAAAAGAGAAAAUGCCUGCAAAAGCUGUCUAUGAUUUCAAAGCUCAGACAUCUAAGGAGCUAUCAUUUAGGAAAGGAGAUACGGUCUACAUCCUCAGGAAAAUUGACCAGAACUGGUAUGAGGGGGAGCACCAUGGAAGAGUGGGCAUUUUUCCAAUCUCCUACGUAGAGAAGCUAACACCUCCAGAAAAAGCUCAGCCCGCCAGACCACCGCCCCCAGUCCAGCCUGGAGAGAUUGGAGAAGCCAUAGCCAAAUACAACUUCAAUGCAGACACAAACGUGGAACUCUCCCUGCGAAAGGGUGAUAGGAUUAUUCUUCUUAAAAGAGUUGACCAAAACUGGUAUGAAGGGAAAAUCCCAGGAAGCAACAGGCAAGGCAUCUUCCCCGUUUCCUAUGUAGAAGUCAUCAAGAAGAACGCAAAAGGUGCUGAGGACUACCCCGACCCUCCUAUACCCCACAGCUACUCUAGUGAUAGAAUUCACAGCCUAAGUUCCAACAAGUAUCUAUUACAGAUACUGGUCUUGAUGCUUAGUUUAAAAAGAAAGGAAACUCUUUUGAGAGUUCAGUGCACUGGGGAUUUCUACCAAUAUUUCUCUUCUAAGCCGCAUCGUCCUAUGUUCACUCACGAAAACAUUCAAGGUGGGGGGGAACCGUUUCAGGCUCUGUAUAACUAUACUCCUAGGAAUGAAGAUGAGCUGGAACUCAGAGAAAGUGAUGUCGUUGAUGUGAUGGAAAAGUGUGACGAUGGAUGGUUCGUGGGAACUUCAAGAAGAACCAAAUUCUUUGGUACUUUUCCUGGGAACUACGUCAAGAGGCUGUGAAUCACCUCCCUCCUUAUUUACUCCACAUGUCAGCAACACAUCUGCAUAACUCACCUGGAACAUCCUGUCGCUGCCAUGCCUUAUGGUUUCCCAUAGGCCAUCACCAUCUCCACCUGCUGCCACCAAAUCACCAGCAGUGACUGCCGCUGUGAGCCUUGGGGAGGCUGGGAGCCUUAGGGAAAUGUGGCAAACUUACACCCACAUAAAUGCCAUUUCCUGCUUUCUGUCCUGAACUUUGAAACGUUUGUGUGUGGAAUCAGAAUGAAAGUCAUCAUACUCAAAAAGAAUGGAAUAGUUAAGGAAGGAAGGAAGAAAGAAAGAAAGAAAGAAAGAAAGAAAGAAAGAAAGAAAGAAAGAAAGAAAGAAAGAAAGAAAGAAAGAAAGAAAGAGAAAGAAAGAAAGAAAGAAAAGAGAAGAGACUCCAGGAGGCUGUCUGGUCUCAUGGCUGUACGUCCACCUCUCUGGAAGGAGUUCUGUCCUCAGGAAGCCAGUUUUCUGAAAUGCUGUGGUUUGCAUUUUCACUUUCAGCUUGGCAGUAUAUUUUCCUUUCACAAGUUUGCCUGGUGCCCUGAGUUUACACUAUAUGACAACUAUGCUUCAGCUAUUGUUUGCCUGCACUUAUAUAUAUUGUUUUAUGCACAGUGAUUAUAAAAUCUAGAGUGAGUAGGAAAGUUAAUAGGGAUGGGUGUGAUUUUUGUUGAUUGCAUUAAGUUUUCACCUAGGAGUCUUUCCUGCCCAUUUUUUUUUGUGUGUACUUACUAGAAGUGCAAACAGUGAGUGAUUAAGAGCCAUUGGUCACUACUAUGACUAUCAUGAAGGUUUAGCCACACCGCAGGAAAAAUUGUGUUGUAAAUUUGCAUUGCUGUUUUAUAUUAAAAUGUAAUCAUCAGCACCAUGAACAGUGAGCUCUUAGUGUUUUAUUUAUCUGUUAAAACUUAAAAGCAGUGUUAGUAAGAGAGGCAAAGAGAUGAAUAAUACCCAUAGGUAAGUUUCACUGUGUGUACACUUACACAUUCAAGGUUGUAUAAGGACAUAAAAAUCAUAUGCUAUGUUGUACAUUUUAUGGAAAUGUAAAAGAAUCCCACAUGAUUUUAUAGAGUACUUCAGGAGCACCCUGAGUGUUAAGGCUGGCUUUAGCAAGGACAAUGAUCAAUACAAUUAUUUUUACUACAAUAAUUAUUUUUCUUCUAUGGAACCCAGAAUCCUGACUCCAUUUGCAGACAGGAAUAUAUAUAAUAUAUAUGUUGAGCCUGAUUUUUCUGGUGUGUGUAAAAUACUUCCUAGAAAUAAUGAAUUAGGCCCUUUUAGAAACAAUGAUUAACUCAUUCAGGUUGCAUUUCCUGCCCCCAAACAGUUCUAUAACAUGAUACCAAGCCUGAAAGACUGAACGGAUUCACAGUGCCUGUGUUCCACAUACCCUGAGACUUACCUUUGUAUUUCGAAUGAAUUUGCAUAAGACCUGUUCGUCUUUGAAUCUUUAGCACCUUAUAGACAAAACUUUUUACGGCUUUCCUCCCAUGGGCAAUGCUUGAUCUCAUACAACAUGUAGACUCUAGCAUUUUGUACAUAUGUUUGUUCUUCUUUUUGUACAGACUAUUUACUUGUUCAGAAAACAGGGGGAUUUCCCAAUUGGAUCUUUAUCCUGCACUUACACUGAGUUUAAACACUUCCAGCAGAUCACCCUUUAUGAUAUCUUCACAGGUCACAGGCUAGCAUGAAUCUGGAAGCUAGCAUUUACACAAAAUUCUAUGAAUUGAAAAGAUCUUUGUAGCCAAUCUGAAAUGCACAUAAAUCUUACUUACAAAGGAACGUCAUUUAAGGGGUGGGGGGAAUACCUUUGAGAACGCCACUUUACUAUCCAGUUCACAACCAACUUUAUAUUAGAUAAACUAAACUUGGGAUUGGAAAUCAGUCAGCCACAUGCAGCUGAAUGAAUACUACUUUUUCACACCGUUUAUGAAAACAAAUCUUCAACUGCGUUGCCUGUCAUAUUUAAGAAAAUUUGCUGUUUCUACUCUCUGUAUCUGAUUUUAAAAGGAAAAAAAAAUUAUUCAGACCUGGCUUUCAGGUCAUUGACUUUGAAUUCUUACAAGCAAAGGUCAUUGUGUUUUUCUUGAGUAGAUAACCUAAUAAAUUUUGCUUGAAAGUA